CACCCUAAUUGAGAGCCACUCCAGACUCCUUGAGGACAUGAGUGGUCGGGCCCGCGUGAGGGCUCGGGGCAUCGCCCCUAGACCCAGUGCCACAGAAGUGGGGCGUCCCCAGGCCUUGCCGCCGCCCACAUCUGUCGAUCUUGAAGACAGUGAAUCAUCAUCUAGUAGUGGCUUCGUGGGAACAAGCGGGAUUUCACAGAAACAGACAGAUGAUGUAUCUUCUGGAGGUGUUGAAAGUGAAAGUACCUUCGUGAAAAGAGAUGUGAAAAUCCAGCAGCGCUUCACAGAUUUGGAGAUCUGUACCAGAGAGAAAUUGGCACAUGUGAGAGAGUGUAAAACCGGUUCCAGUGGAAUACCUGUGAAACUGGUUACGAAUCUCUUCAAGUUAGAUUUGCCCCAGGACUGGCAGCUGUUCCAGUAUCAUGUAACAUUUAGUCCUGAUUUAGCAUCCAGAAGGCUGAGAAUUGCUUUGCUUUAUGGUCAUAGUGAAUUUUCCAACAGAGCAAAAGCUUUUGAUGGUGCUAUCCUUUUUCUCUCACAAAGGCUGGAAGAAAAGGUAAAGAUUAAAAUCUCCAUCUUACAGAGUAAAAGAUUGAGGCUCGGUGAUGUUUGGAUCUUGAAAAAGCUGUCCAUGUACCAAAUUGGACAGAACUUCUAUAAUCCUUCAGAGCCGGUGGAAAUCCCUCAGUACAAAUUAUCCCUUUGCAAGGGGUUUGCCAUUUCUGUAUCAUGGUUUGAAAGUAAGCUCCUGCUCAGUGCCGACGUGAGUUACAAAGUCCUCCGGAAUGAGACUGUCCUGGAAUUCAUGACUGCUCUCUGCCACAAAACUGGCAGGUCCUGUUUCACCCAGAUGUGUGAGAACCAGCUGAUAGGGCUCAUUGUCCUCACAAGAUACAAUAAUAAAACCUAUCGCAUCAAUGACAUUGACUGGUCGGUGAAGCCCACGCAUGCCUUUCGGAAGCGGGAUGGCACCGAGGUCACCUAUGUGGAUUACUACAAGCAGCAAUAUGAUAUUACCUUAUCUGACCUAAAUCAGCCAGUGCUUGUGAGUCUGUUGAAAAGCAAGAGAAAUGACAACACGGAGGCUCGGAUUGCCCACCUGCUACCUGAGCUCUGCUUCCUGACAGGGCUGACUGACCAGGCAACCUCGAAUUUCCAUCUGAUGAAGGCUGUGGCUGAAGAAACGCGGCUCAGUCCUUUGGGCCGGCAGCAGCGCCUGGCCAGGCUUGCUGACAACAUCCAGAGAAACAAGGAUGCUCGUUUGGAGCUAGAGACCUGGGGGCUGCACUUUGGAAACCAGAUAUCUCUGACUGGCCGGGUUGUGCCUUCUGAAAAAAUAAUGAUGCAAGACCACAUAUGUCAACCUGUGUCUGCUGCUGAUUGGUCCAAGGAUAUGAGAACUUGCAAGAUUUUAAGUGCACAGUCUUUGAGUAAAUGGCUGAUUUUAUGUAGUAACAGAAUUGAAGAUGUGACCGAGAGCUUCCUGAACUGCUUGAGAAGAGUUGGAAGUUCCAUGGGAUUUAAUGUGGGCUAUCCCAAAAUCAUAAAAGUACAAGAAAAUCCAGCUGCAUUUUUUAGAGCUAUACAGCAACAAGUCAAUCCUGAUGUUCAGUUGGUGAUGUGCAUUCUACCUUCCAGUCAGAACUAUUACGACUCCAUUAAAAAGUAUUUGAAUUCUGACUGCCCGGUCCCAAGCCAAUGUGUGCUUGCGCGGACCCUGAAUAAACAGGGGAUGAUGAUGAGCAUCGCCACCAAGGUUGCCAUGCAGGUCGCCUGCAAGCUCGGAGGCGAGCUGUGGGCGGUGGAGAUACCGUUAAAAUCCUUGAUGGUGGUUGGUAUCGAUGUUUGUAAAGAUGCACUCAACAAGGAAAUGGUGGUGGUUGGAUUUGUGGCCAGUGUUAACCUCAGAAUCACCAGGUGGUUUUCCCGGUGUAUUCUUCAGAAAACAAUGGGCGAUGUUGCAGAUUGUUUAAAAGUUUUCAUGAUAGGCGCCCUCAACCAGUGGUACAAGUACAACCACGACGUGCCGGCACGGAUAGUUGUAUACCGCGAUGGUGUGGGGGACGGCCAGCUGAGAACGCUUAUCGAGUAUGAAGUCCCACAGCUGCUGAGCAGUGUGACAGAAUCCAACCAAAAUACCAGGUCCAAACUGUCAGUGAUCGUGGUCAGGAAGAAGUGCAUGCCGCGAUUCUUCACAGAAAUGAACCAUGCCGUCCAGAACCCCCCUCUUGGCACUGUGGUGGAUUCAGACGCCACGCGUCCUGAAUGGUAUGACUUUUACCUAAUCAGCCAGAUGGCCCACAGAGGAACCGUUAAUCCUACCUAUUAUAAUGUCAUCUAUGACGACAACGGCUUGAAGCCCGACCACAUGCAGAGGCUUACGUUCAAACUGUGCCACCUCUACUACAACUGGCCGGGCUUAAUCAGCGUCCCAGCGCCAUGUCAGUACGCACACAAGCUGACCUUUCUGGUGGCACAAAGCAUUCACAAGGAGCCAAGUUUGCAGUUAGCCAAUUCUCUCUUCUACCUGUGAGGAUGCAAGUCCCCGGCCUCGCCCCAUGAAGGAUUCGAGGAGGAGUGGGCUGCUUGGUGCAAAUGUGCUACGAGUCUGAGGCUGCGACUAGGCGUAGGGGAUUGCGUUCACUAGCUUUAACCACUGGAGGAAAAUCACCACAGCUACUUACUCUGAAACGGUUCCAAAAAAUGUGUAGCAUUUUGAGUGAUAUGCAUGGGUAAAUUCUCACUGUGGUACAUAGAAUUGAAAUGCACUAUCACCUAUUAAGAAUUUUGCAAAGUUAAAUAUCUUCUAAGAAAAUAAGGAUUUGCAUGAUAUUUUGAUGGUAGGUAAACAGUUCAAUUCCCACCC